GGGGAAACGAAGACCAGAAAAGGAGCAAGAGUGGUGAAGAGGAUGAUGAUGAGGGAGAAUUGAGGUUGAGGUGAAUGUUGGAGUAACAGUAAUGGCACUGAGACUGGGACUGAAAGUGUCUUCCAUUGGGUCACCUUUUGUGCAGUUAGGUUCUUCUGCUUCACUCUCACAAACAUGCUCUGUUUCCAAACUGGGAUUUCAUCCUCUGCGCUUGCAACUCAACAAGAAAUCAACCCCAACAAGGUUCCUUAUUCGGGCUUCUAGAACCGAGUCCAAAGGUGUUACCUUGGGCUUCAGAGCCCCCCAGUUUCAGCUUCCAGAGCCUCUUACUGGGAAGGUUUGGACGUUGGAGGAUUUUGAAGCAUACCCAGCUAUGCUGGUUAUGUUUAUAUGCAACCACUGCCCAUUUGUUAAGCACCUGAAAAAAGACAUUGUAAAGCUUUCAAAGUUCUAUAUGAAGAAAGGACUUGCUGUCGUUGCCAUAUCUUCAAAUUCUGUAGCCACACACCCCCAGGAUGGUCCAGAAUUCAUGGCAGAAGAAGCUAAACUGUUUGACUAUCCUUUCCCAUAUCUUUAUGAUGAGUCACAGGAUGUUGCACGAGAUUUUGGAGCAGUUUGUACCCCAGAAUUUUUGCUUUUCAAAAAGGAUGGUCGAAGGCCGUUUGAGCUGGUUUAUCAUGGUCAGUUUGAUGAUUCACGGCCAAGUAACAAUGUACCAGUCACUGGAAGAGACUUGAGCUUGGCAAUAGAUCGUGUUCUAAGUGGCCAACCGGUACCAUCAGAGCAAAAACCAAGUGUUGGAUGCAGCAUAAAGUGGCAUCCAGGGAAGAAGUUUUGAUCGGUGCAGUGUAAUUAUCUUGUUCAAGAUAUUAUUCAAAUUCACCAAAGCGUGUGACUUGGAAGGAAAUGAUGUCAAUAGUGAUUCUUUUAGUUACUGGGUAUGUCACUUAAGUUGUAUACUACGUUACUGAGUAUACGAUGUCUCCCUGUUCUUUGUUUCUAAUAUUGUGACAGUAAGGAAAUUUAUGUGCAAUUUUCCUGAAAAUACAAUCUUAUUUAUGAUAUUUUGUAACGUUUGCAAUGCGAUGUUGUUUAUUGACAUAUCCUUUAAAACAUACAAUACAGAAGACUAAAUUACAUUGAAAUGCUCUCAUGUUU